AAGUCCUCUCUCUGCUGCUUUUAGUAGCAGCUCAAACAGUUAAGCUACAUGCACAAUCACAUGACUGCAAUGGAUGCGCAUUUGCACCGGCUCAGCUGGUCUGCGUGUCUGGUGGAGUGACACUUCCGGCGUGCCUGGCGAAGUGUCAGGGCCUCGCCAUUGAGCGGAAAGGCAGCUGCCAAGGCACGGAUGACCCGCUCCUGUCCGGGCUGUUUGUGCCGCUGAGCGGCAUGGGCAGCCAGCAGCAGGCGCCUGGGGCCGGCCCCCAGUCUCGGAGCUCGGAAAUGUCGGACGCAGCGGAGGGUAGCAGCAGCGAUGGCAGUAGCGGCAGUAGCAGUCGAGGCGCGGGCGUGGACGUGGUAACUCGCUUCGCCACAGAGGGGUUCGUGUACGCGGGGCACGCAGCCCUGAGCGACGAGGGCCCAACCGGCUUCGACCAGGGCGGAUUCGUGAGCAAGCUGACGUUUGACGACAGCACAGGCACCGGCGGCGACGGCGAUAGCAGCGCCGCAGGUGGUUACAAGGAGGCCGCCGAUAGCAGCACCACCACCAUCGGCGCAGACGGCAGUAGCAGUAGCAGUGUUCGUAGCAGUAGCAGUAGCAGUAGCAGCAGUGCAAGCGUCACCCAGAGCAUUGAGAGCAGUGGCGACAGCGGCACCGGGAGCGGGCGCGGCUGGGCUGCGGCACUGACGGAGCAGGGCGUGCCGACGCAGCUGCGGGUGCGGGCGGUGCGUGUGAGCCCGGAUGGAGCCGUCUACAUCGAAUCCAGCGGCGUGGAUCUGGAUCUCACGCAGCUGCCUGCCAGCGCCCAGACAGAAUCCAAAUCCAGCUUUGAGGAGCUGGACGGGCUAGAUCCGAACGGGCUGGAUCAAAGCAGCCCGGAAAACGCCACGAAGUCGGCUGCGUUGGUUGGCCUGGCUAGCAGGCGGCGGCGGCGGUUGCUGCGAAGAGGCGGGCAAGAGGGGGCCCAGCCGCUUGCCGGCGACUGGGAAGCCGAUGAAGCAUCAGAGUUGCCAGAUGGUGGGGAUGAGGAUGCGGACGGUUGGUUCGCGGCCCGGCGGCGGCGGUUGGACCAGCGGCGGCGGCGGCGGUUGGUGGAUGACAGCUACCGGUCUGACACGGGCGUGUGGCCGUACCGCAUCAUCGGCCAGCUGAUGUACAAGGUCAACACCUUGGCGUACAUCUGUUCGGGCACGUGGGUUUCGCCCUAUGACGUCCUCACGGCGGCGCACUGCGUGUUCAACAUCACCAGCGGCCAGGCACACCGAGACUUCGCAUUCACAGCUGCCAAGGCCGGCACCACGGGUCCAGACGGCACGGUGCGGUACUCCAGCGUCACCUUCUACCGGGCCGAGUACCCCAGGGCCAAGGGCGACGGCGUCAACUACUUUGACAUGGCGCUGCUGCGCAUGUCGGCGCCCGGGCCCGGCGCGUACAUGGGCAUCAAGUACGACUGCGGCCAGAUUGAUUACCCCAAGACGGAGACGUGCGGCUAUCCAAAGGAGAAGUCAACGCCCGGGUCCAACUACUGGCAGUACUGCGAUGACUGCUACUAUACCUCCAACGCCUGCAACCCCAUGAUCCAGCCCGUUAACUGGUGCUACACCGCUGCGGGGCAGUCGGGGUCGCCCAUAUACGACCUGGCCGACUACCGCGUGAUGGGCGUGCUGAGCGGCGGCCCGGUGACGUGGGAGUUUGCGUCCGACCUGUCCUUCUGGACGCCCAUCGACGCCUUCCACUUCGCCAGUCUGACGCGGUGGAUGUGGAAGGAGGGCGACGGCACGCCGGCCGAGGCGCCGCUCUACGUUUCCGCGCCGCCAUUCCCUCCGCCGCCACCGGUUGGGCCCUACGCAUGCAGCGGCAAGGGCUCGGUGCGGCUGGCGGGCGGUCCGGACGGCGCCUCGGGGCGCGUGCAGGUCUGCCGGCCGGACGGCGUGUGGGGCUCCGUGUGCGACCUCAACCAGUACUCGGCCGGUAACGCAGACGUCGUGUGCAGGCAGCUGGGGUACGGCAGCGGCGUAUUUGUGGCCGGCGAUUUCUUCCCUGCCAAUGACGCCAGCGUGCCAGUCACACUGGAGCCGCAGUGCGCGGGCUCGGAGAAGAGCUUGUCCGAGUGCUUCCCCCUCAGCGAGGGCGACUGGUCCACGCGCGCCUCCUGCUCCCGGUCCACGGACAUGGCAGUGCUGUGCGGCCGCGCCGCGCGCAACCUCACCACAGGCGCGGCCGCCACGGCCGGGGCCACGCUUCCGCCGCGCGCCUUUCCUUGCUCGACGGAGGGCGCGGUGAGGCUGCAGGACGGUGCCGACGACGCAUCUGGGCGUGUGGAGAUCUGCGCGCGCGGGCAGUGGGGCAGCGUGUGCCAAGACGGGUGGGACGAUCUUGACGCGCGGGUGGUGUGCCGGCAGCUGGGGUACGUGUCAGGAGCCGCCACGUGGGGGCCGCUGGGUAGCGGCACGGCGCCGCCCGGGCCCGCCGGCAUGCCGGUGUGGAUGGCGCAGGUGGCAUGCACCGGCGGCGAGGCGCGGCUGGCGGCCUGCGCCACCGAGGUGCCUGUGGGCGCGGCCGUGUGCUCGCACAGAGCGGACGCCGGCGUGGUGUGCGGCACGGCGCCGCUGCCGGUGCCGGGCGUGGCGCCCAUCGUCUCGGGAUCCUGUGCCGAGCCGGGGGCGCUGCGUCUGGCGGUGGGCACCAGCGGCGCCGGCACUGCAGCCCCGGUGGCGGGCGGUUCGGUGGCUGGGCGGCUGGAGGUGUGCUACGCGGGCCGCUGGGGUGCCGUGUGUGAAGCCAAAUUCAACGACUACAAUGCACAGGUCGCGUGCCGACAGCUUGGCUACACACAAGGCCGUGCCGUGCCUGCGGAUGUGCUACCAGGCCAGCUGAUCCGCAUGAGUGAAAUCCGCUGCCAGCGCCUGACUGGAGGCGCCUACCUGGCGUGGCCGUGGCGCUUGACCUCCUGUCCGUUCUGGGGCAUGGAGGACGUCAGCUGCGCCACCGGCUCCGUGGCGGGCGUGGAGUGCACCAGCGACCCCAAUGGCUUCCCGCUGACCACCCUGCCCUGCUCCAGUCAGGGUGGGCUGCGGCUGCGUGGCGGCGUCGCACCCAACAUGGGCCGUCUCGAGGUCUGCAACGCGGGGCAGUGGGGCACCGUUUGUGAGAACAACUUUGGCCCCGCAGAUGCGGACGUCGCGUGCAGACAGCUGGGCUACGCAACCGGCAGCGUGCUCUCGCGCACCGCGACGCCCGACGGCCACCCAGACAGCAGCAUCUGGAUGGAUGAGCUUGACUGCAAGGGCCGCGAGAACCGACUGGAUGAGUGCCCUUUCAACGGCUGGGGGCAGUCCCUCUGCGGCGUCCAUUCGUUUGACAUCGGCGUUGUGUGCACGCCCAAGGCUGCGCCCUUGUCACCGCCGCCGAGCCGGCGGCCUCCGCCGCCGGUGCUGUAUGGAUGCACGACGCCGAGUCAGCUCCGGCUGGUGGAUGCGACCGGCAAGCCCGGAUUCACCGCGGGCCGCUUAGAGCUAUGCCUCAAAGGGCAGUGGGGCACGAUCUGCGACGAAGGCUUCGGAGUGCAGAGCGCGAACGUGGCUUGCAGGCAGCUGGGCUUUGCGGCGGGCGUGCCGGUGCGCACAGACACGCCGGACGGCGGGUUCGGGUACGGCGCCUACAACGCACCCGUCCACCUCACCAACGUCUCCUGCACGGGUGCGGAGUCACGCCUGACGCAGUGUGCCGCCAACAACCGCACCACCUGCGCCCACAUCACCGACAUUGGCGUGCGCUGCUUCUGGCCGGACGAGGUUCCGUCCGUCGCCGCCCCACCCUGGCCGCGCCCGCCCGCGCCGGUGUCACCGUACGCAUGCUCGGACCUUUACGCGGUGCGGCUGACCGGCGGCGUGCCCGGGCUGUCGGGCCGCCUGGACAUCUGCUACGGCAACACCUGGGGCACGGUGUGCGGCACCGGCUUCAGCGCCGCCUCCGCCGCGGUGGUGUGUCGGGAGCUGGGCCUGGGCGGCGGGCGGGCGGUGGUGCCCGGCGGUGCCUCGGGCGCCGCCAUCGCGCCCGCGGACAUGCCCAUGCAGCUGGACGGCGUGGCGUGUGACGGCGGCGAGGCGCGCCUGGUGGACUGCCCGCGCGACCCGUGGGGCAUGGUGGCGUGCCGCCGCGAGGACGCCGUGGUUGUGGUGUGCGAGCCACUCUCACCAACUUUGUCGCCUCUACCUCUGUCGCCGCCGCUGCGCCUGCCUCCCUCUCCAACGCGGCCUAGCCCUCCUCCUCCCUCCCGACCGCCCCCGUCCCCGCCUUCGCCCCACCCGCCGAGUGCGCCCGUGUCGCCGCCACCGGCCUUCCCACGGGAGCCAUGCCCCGCCAUCGGCGCCGUACGGCUGUACGGCGGCGUCUUGCCGGACAGCGGGCUGCUGCAGGUGUGCAACCGCGACAUCAGCCGCAGCAGCGCCGCCGCCAACAACCCGCCGGUGUGGGGCGCCGUGUGCGGCACCGGGUUCAAGGGGCCCGAGGCCAGGGCCGUGUGCAGGCAGCUGGGCUACACGGACGGGGUCGUGGUGAACAAACCCUACCUGCCCUCCUUCCGAACCACUGGCCUCUACUACACCUUUGCGCCCUACCCGCCCGGCACACCCGUGUGGCUGGACAACGUGCACUGCCGAGCCAAUGCCACUCGGAUCACCGACUGCUCCUCCAACGCCGGCACCACCUGCACGCGAAACCAAGAAAUAGCCCUGGUGUGCACACCGGCGAAGCGGCCUACCAAACGCUACGCAUGCACCGGCAGCGUCGGUGCCGUACGGCUGGUGGGUGGCCGCAACGGCUCCGCGUGGGAGGGCAACGUGCAGGUGUGCCAGUCGGGCACCUGGGGCACCGUGUGCGACGUGGGCUGGGACGACACCGACGCGCGCGUGCUGUGCAGGCAGCUCGGCUACUCGCACGGGCUGGCGGUGGGCGGUGGCGGCGUGGUGUCUCUGAACGGCACGGCGGCGGGCCCCUUCCCCGCCGCCCCCUCCAACAUGGCCACGCACUGGGACACCGGCGUGGAGUGCGGCGGCUCAGAGGCGCGGCUCACGGCCUGCAGGCGCGGCGGCGCGGGCGGCGCGCAGGGCUGCGCUGACCACAGCCGAGAUGCAGGCGCGGUGUGCUGGGGCAAGGCCGGCUAGGGCGCCACGCCGCCAUCACGCGCCGACUCCCGCAGCAACUGAGCAGCUGGCCAGUAGCGCUAGCUUAGCAGAACCCGGCGAAUGAAAUGACAUGAACUCAAUCUGAGAAUGCCUUGAGACGGCCUUGUGUGUAGCGUCCCUAUUCAUGUCGCGGUAUGCUUAGGCGAUGGGCUUGACUAGAUGCACAUAUGAUAUUCCAUAUUUCAUUACGCACCACGAUUCCCAACUCGGAUGCAAGUCCCUUUGGCACGUGUACAUGCUACAAGGCUGCAGCUGAUUGUGCUGCAUCAUGCGUUGUUGUUAAUCUGAAUAGUGGCGGCACGUUGCGCCGUUGCGCAAGCGGGGUGGUGGUGGUGCAGAUGAGCAUAUCAGCGCAGAUCAGGGUCACGAGGGGAUCAGUGGGACGGUGGAACCAGGUUAGACAAGUAUGAACGUUAUGGCCAUGGUUUGACAUGCGGUAUGAUGCCUCCUUAAGUUAAAUACUUGAAUGGAAUUUCGCUUAGGCAUUGUGGUGCGUGCAAGGUCGGCAGGUACGCUGCCAUCAGCACGAGUACACAGUUCUCAAGUUUGUUACGGCUGUGGGUCUUCUAGCACAUGGGCUUGCGGGGAAGGCUGGGGGAAGCGUCGGCCAUUGGAAGACAUACUGGUACUGCGGUGCGCUUCACGAGAUGCCCCGCGGCUCGUGCAGGCCGGGGAAAGGAGGCUGCGGAAGCUGGGUUCGCUCGC